AGAGAAGAAAAUCCCAAGCAACAAAGGGACCAAGCAAUCGAAGUCAGCACCACAUUGGCAAAUAAGCUGAGCUGUUGGGGAUAGACAUAUCGUUUUGCUGUCCACAAAUCUAUCAUCUUCCAUCCAUGGCAGCAGCGGCGGCAUAUGCGACGGCUUACCCCAACACCGCCGUCUUAGUCUCUCGCCUCCCCAGCACCAAACCCACAGCCCGCUGCUCUUCUUUGCCUCUCCUCCCACCUCGCUUGUCCUCCACAUCUUUCCCUGCUUCUGCUAAGCACUUUUCAGAGUCCCGUAGGUCUCCUCUGCUUCAGAUCAGAGCCUCUUCAGAAGACUCAUCAGGCCUUGACACCAGUGAGCUAUUUUCAGACUUGAAGGAGAAGUGGGAUGCACUUGAAAACAAGUCAACAGUACUUCUCUAUGGAGGUGGGGCAAUAGUUGCUGUUUGGCUUUCUUCUAUUGUAGUUAGUGCUGUCAACUCAGUCCCUUUGCUUCCAAAGAUUAUGGAGUUGGUAGGGCUAGGAUAUACCGGAUGGUUUGUCUACCGUUACCUUCUCUUCAAGUCAAGCAGAAAAGAACUAGCUACAGAUAUUGAAGCAUUGAAGAAGAAGAUUGCUGGAACUGAAUGAAAUUCAUAUGAUUUGGUAGCAAGUGAAAGCUUUAUAUUCGUCUCCAAUCAUCCUGCAUCUUGUUUUGGUACUCUGUAUUUCAUGUAUAAGAGGCAAUUGUAUCCUGUAACGUAGAACAUAGGUUUUCUGUGGAUCCUCAUCACUCUUGUGUUUCCUUUUUUCUUUUUUUUUUUUCUUAAUAAUAAUAAAUAAAAUAAGACUUUGGCA